AAUGGUGUCUGUAAUGGUAAAGAUACUCGUUCUUAUGGUGGCAGUGUUCAGUCUCUUCCAAUCUGAGUUGGACGCUGCCUCUGUCCACUGCGGCUAUCACGGACACUAUUAUACAUCAAUGUACUCUUCAUCUAAUGGCUGUACUACAAGAUGGUACAAACUCUACAAAGGUUACUGCACGUCAUCCGGGACAUACUUAUAUGAGGUUAGAAUCACAUCUUUAGGAAUGCAACUCUAUUAUAAAAGGAUCAGUUGUAAGAGGAGAAGUUUAGCCGGAAUCAAUAAAGACGCAGGAGAAAGCAUUGAGAAGAAAGACGCUAAGGAGUACGAGUAUGACAGCAUACAAAACGCUUUCAGCAGAAGGACAAACUAACGAAACCUUUUAGAAUAGAAUUCAUCAUCAACACGGGGAUAAAAGUACACAUAGCCUUACUUUUCUAAUGGUGCUUAAAUUUCUUUUUAUGGCGAAGUAUGUCUGCAAUGGUCCUCG